UCUAAAACAAUCAAAAUGACUAUUAAUGGUGCACUAUUUUUAUACACUCCUGUCUGGGGGUCAAAAUUUAAAAUACGCGGGAUCCCAGAUAAGGAUGGUACAAAUUUUACAAUUAACUUAACGCACCAUGUAUCUAACCAACACAUAUUACACCUAAAUUUUUAUUACACCAGAAAUUACAUAGUUUUUGAUACUAUGGAUAAAGACAAUAAAUGGGAAAGGCAAGAACGUACUAGAGAUAAUCCUGUUCGAGCAGGAUACGAAUUUGAAGCAGAAAUUACUUGUAACAGAGACGAGUAUAUUUUGAAGAUUAAUGGAACUUGGAUUGAGAAAUUUAAACACAGACAUAAUUAUUUACAUGCAGAUCGUUUAACAAUUGCUAAUAAUAUAACUUUAUUGAGUGUUAAUCUGUAAUUAUUCCAGAACCAUGUAGCACAGUGUCAAAAUAAAAUAUUCAAUUCUAA